AAUUUUUUUUUUAAAAAAAAGUUUUCUUCGUUGGCGUUGGCGAUGACCAGAUCAAAUUACCCGGUCUGACUCCGACCAAUCGCCAUUAACAUCUAAACCAAUUAUACCCAAAAAAGCCUUAAUCUUUUUUUGUUAAUCCAAAAAAUAAAAAUCCCUUUUAGAUCAAACAAAGCUGUUAAAAUCUUCCAUUGAAACCUCAACCUCAAACCCCUUCAAAACUAAUUUGGGUUCAAAACAACCGGUUCAAUUGGUUCACAUAAUCAGAUGAACCACCAAAAACCCAGAAAAAAAAUCAAGUAAGUUCUUAUAAUUUCAGCUAAAUUUUACUGUUUUGAGUAAAGGGUAUAUGCUUUUCUUAAUGCUGUAAAAAGGGUUUUUCUGAAUGGAGUUGAAUUUGGUUCCUAUAUCAAUUACAAGGCAAAAACAAGAUCCUGCUUGGAACCAUUGUGAAGUGUUUAAAAAUGGUGAAAGAUUACAAAUUAAAUGUAUGUAUUGUGGGAAAUUGUUUAAAGGGGGUGGGAUUCAUAGGUUUAAAGAACAUUUAGCAGGUCGAAAAGGUCAGGGACCAAUUUGUGAACAAGUUCCUCAAGGGGUUAGGUCCGUUAUGCAAGAAAGUUUGAAUGGGAUUUUAGUUAAACAAGAUAAGAAACAAAAAUUGAUUCCGAAAUUACUAGCUUGUGGUAGUAGUAGUAGUAAUCCGAAUAUCGGUGGUGAGGUCGAAAAUUUGGGUUCUCAUGAUGAUAUGAACUUUGGGAUUAAACCGAUUUCGGUUUUGAACACUUUGGAAGGUGAUUCUAAUGUGGUUAGUAAAGUUGGUAGAGGUAGGAAACGAGGUCGGGGUCGGGGUCGGGAUUGGAAUUUGAUUGAAAGUAACUAUCCUUGUGUGAAAACCGAUCUUGCAUUGGUUCCAAAUGGGGGAGAGAAUCCGAUUCAUAUGGCCAUAGGGAGAUUCUUGUAUGAUAUUGGGGUUAAUUUAGAUGCGGUGAACUCGGUUUGUUUCCAACCGAUGAUUGAUGGUAUUGCUUCUGGAGGAUCUGGGGUUGUACCGCCGUCUUGUAACGAUCUUCGGGGAUGGAUAUUGAAGAAUGUAAUUGAGGAAGUAAAGGAUGAUAUCGAUAGGAAUAAAGCAAUGUGGGGGAAGACAGGGUGUUCGAUUAUAGUUGAGCAAUGUAGAACGAAAAAUGGGAGAGUUUUGUUAAGUUUUUUGGUUUAUUGUCCUCAAGCAACUGUGUUUAUGAAAUCCGUGGAUGCAUCACAUGCUGUUUAUUCCGCAGAUUAUUUGUUUGAAUUGCUUAAACAGGUGAUCGAAGAAGUAGGAUCCGAGAAAGUUGUGCAAGUAAUCACUAAUUGUGAAGAGCCAUACCUUUUUACCGGGAAAAGGUUGAUGGAAUCAUUUCCUUCUCUUUAUUGGGCUCCUUGUUUAGCACAUUGUGUCGAUUUGAUGCUUCAAGAUUUCAGUAACCUCGAGUGGAUAAACGAAACAAUCGAACAAGCUAAAUCUCUGACAAGAUUCAUCUACAAUCAGAGUUCGGUUUUGAAUAUGAUAAGAAAAUUUACUUCUGGGAAUGACGUUGUGGAACCAGCACUUACUUGUUUUGCUACGAACUUUUCAACGUUGAAAAGAAUGGCUGAUCUCAAGCUAAAUUUACAAGCUAUGGUUAAUUCUCAGGAUUGGCUCGAGUGUCCGUAUGCAAAGAAACCUGGGGGUCAAGCAAUGUCGGAUAUUGUUAACAAUAGUUCGUUUUGGAAUUCAUGUAUGUUGAUUGCUCGUAUAACGUAUCCCCUCUUACGAGUCCUAGAAAUAGUUGGUAGCAAGAAAAGAUCCGCAAUGGGAUAUGUUUAUGCCGGGAUUUACAGAGCAAAAGAAACGAUUAAGAAAGAACUUGUCAAGCAAGAUGAUUAUAUGGUCUAUUGGAAUAUUAUAGAUAAUAGAUGGGAACAACAACGGCAUCUCCCUCUUUACGCUGCGGGUUUCUUCCUUAACCCGAAACUUUUCUACAAUACCGAGGAACAUAUACACAAUGAUAUCCUAUCAUCCGUAUUUGAUAGCAUAGAGAGGUUAGUUCCUGAUACAAACAUCCAGGACCAAGUUGUUAGAGAAAUAAAUUUAUACAAGAAUGCUACGGGAGAUCUAGGAAGGCCAAUGGCAGUCAGAGCCCGAGAUAAUUUACUUCCCGGUGAAUGGUGGUCUAUAUACGGUGGAGGUUGCCCGAAUUUGCAACGUUUGGCCAUCCGCAUUCUCAGUCAAACUUGCAGUUCAAUUGGGUAUAAACCAAGCAAGAUCUCCAUCGAAGAAAUACACAACACAAGAAAUUUUCUCGAGCGUCAAAGGCUUAGCGAUCUCGUCUUUGUUCAAUACAACUUAUAUCUGAGACAAAUGGUUCUUCAAAAACAAGAAAAGGAUUCCCUGGAUCCCCUUGCAUUUAACAACAAAGAUAUUCUUGAAGAUUGGAUUGCCGAUACUGAGGUAUCUCCGGACAAUCUUGAGAGUUCAGAUUGGAAGUCACUUGAUCCCCCUGUUGGUAACAGAACAACUUUAACACCUCCAAGUGAUGAAGCCGAAGACUUCUUGAGUACAAGGUUUACAGAUUUAGAUAUUUUCAAUGGAUUGAAGGGGGUCAAGGAGGAGAUAUGAAGACAAUGCUAUGGUGCAUCAAAACCGGUUCAAUUCUCACCUAGUUUAGAUUGCUGAUUAUUAUUUCCUCCGUCACGUGAACUUCGUAGUUAAAAUGCUUUUUCCAUAGUAGAAUUAGUAGUUGUUGCCAAUUAUGUCAUAGCUAGUCAAGGAGAAAUUGAGAAAAAGGAAAAUUUUGCUCGAGUGCUCGGAAUAAAUAGUAUGGAUUUAGGAAAAUUUUCUCCUGUAAAGUUGAAACUACUACUUUAAAGUCUAGUUUUCCGCUUUUGCAUACGGACCGAGAAGGAGCAAAGCUGUACAGUAUCAGAGGUUGCUCUUUGUAGAAAAAUGUGGUUGUAAUUCAUGGUUGCUCCUUCAAAUAGUUACCUGUUGCAAUAAUUAUUAAGCAAGUUUCGAAGUCUUAAUACAAACUUCACAUGAGAAU